GACAGUGACUCACACAUUCUGUUACUGUUGGGUUUGAGUUUGACGAUGGACGAGAUUAGGUAUUCAUGCAAUAGCGCUCGCGAAACUCUCCAAUGGAUCAACGAGAUUAUCCAAUUUCUCACUCCUUACUCUUCCUUAAUCAACGACCACGUAGUUAAUUUCUUCAAGGAUAGGCUAUGGGAGAAUGUUGACGCCGAAUGGAUCGAAUGCCUGCGCCGAGAGCCUGUUCAGAAUCUUCUCCUCAUACCUUCUGGUGCACUACAGGAUCAAUGGCCAAUUUCUCUUAAGGAGUUCAUCAGAAAAUUAAGGUCUAUGGUAUUUUGUCAAGAACAAGCUGAUAUAAACAUGGCAUUACCUGGCCUGCAGAUGACUUCACUUAACAGUGUUCUUGCUCAGGGCAUGAAUGUAAAGAAAAGACACGAGGUAGAAGUUCUUUCUGCUGUUAUAAGUACUGUUGCAAAAAGUGUGAGAGCUCAUGCCAUUGUUGACGUUGGUGCUGGUCAGGGUUAUCUUGCACAAGUACUGGCAUUUCAAUAUCAGCAUCCUGUCAUUGCAAUUGAUGCAUGUUCUCAUCAUGGGAAGGUUACUAAUGCACGGGCAGAACGAAUUAAAAAGCACUAUACAUCACAAUUGAUAAAAUCUGGAUCAGGCAUGCGGAGUUUGAAUGUGCCAAAGACAAUCACGUGUCGCGUAUUGUCCAUUGACACAUUAAAAACCUUGGUUGAAACAUCAAUUCCUGGAGAUGAUGUUGAGCAAUCCAGGUUAAAGGGAGAAAAUCAAGAUCAAGGGAAACUACAUUGGCUCAGUGAUGCAAACAAAAAGCCUUCUACUGUUCUUGCUGGGCUUCAUGCCUGUGGUGACCUUUCGGUGACUAUGCUGAAGACUUUCGUAGAGUGUAAAGAUGUUAAAGCUGUUGUUAGUCUUGGUUGCUGUUACAAUUUAUUAUCUGAAGAAAUGAUUAAGGGUGAUGAAUCUCAGUGUGGUUUUCCAAUGAGUCAUGCUGUAAGAUCCACUGGCUUAUCACUUGGAAGAAGUGCACGUGAUCUUGCUUGCCAGAGUGCAGAGAGAUGGAGGAGCCUGGACAUGCAUGCUGGCAUUCACAACUUUGAGCUGCAUGCUUUUCGGGCAGCUUUUCAAAUGGUUCUUUCUAAAUAUUAUCCGGAAAUAGUGAUGAGUACUCCUUCAAUUGGGCGUAAAGGGAAGGCUCUUCGUCGGCGACAUCAGAGGAGAUCUGCUGAAUCCCAGCUGCAUCUUAAAGGAAGUACUUGCCACAUGGGACAAAUUUUACCUCCUGUAGUUCCUUCAGAGUCAGAAACUGAAGGAAUUUUGGGCUCUGCAUCAGAAAUACAAACCUUAACUGGUGAAAUUCCUUCUAAUGAAAGGGCUGGAUGUGAAGGGAUUAAAUCCGAUGACAAAUUUUCACAUUUUGAGAAUUUCUGCCACUCUGGGUUGUCUCAUCUUGGAAUUAAACAUUCAAAUGAUAUAAACCUUCAAGGCAUAUGGAAGGAAGCAGAACCAUUUUCU